AUGGAAAACUCUACCCCGCCAAAGCAUUAUGUCUCUGCCCCCUCAGCACAGAAAUUCAUCCAUUCUAUCCUUGUCGGCAACGGCGUGCCUGCCGACAAUGCCGCCAUCAUCGCCGACUGCCUGAUCCAAGCCGACCUUCGCGGCGUCGACACCCACGGCAGCAAUCGCAUCCCGUCGUACAUGGAGCGUAUUCGCCAGGGGGUGCUGGACCCCGGUGCCCAACCCACCCUAGCGCAGGUUACGCCAGUGGUGGCGCAGGUUGACGCGCACAACGGGUUCGGCUUUGUGGCCGCGCAGAAAGGGAUGGCGCGCGCGAUCGAGAUGGCGCAGGAAUUCGGUAUCGGGUUCGUCUCUGUCAAGCACUCGAAUCAUUUCGGCAUGUCCGCCUGGGUUGUGCAGCAGGCCCUCGAUGCCGGUAUGAUGAGUUUAGUGUUUACCAACUCAUCCCCCGCGCUACCAGUUUGGGGCGGCCGGGAGAAGCUGAUGGGUGUUUCACCGAUUGCGUGCGGUGCGCCAGCCGGUAAAGAAAGACCGUUUAUCCUAGAUAUGGCGCCGUCAGUGGCCGCUAGGGGGAAGAUCUAUAAGGCCGCGAGACGCGAGGAGAAAAUCCCCGGAGACUGGGCCCUCGAUGGGGAAGGGAGACCCACAGAUGAUCCGAACCGCGCGCUGGAGGGCGUCAUGUUGCCGAUGGGCGGACCGAAGGGGUCGGCGCUGUCGGUCAUGAUGGAUGUAUUCUCGGGCGUCUUGUCAGGCUCCGCUUUCGCCGGCCAUGUGACGAAUCCUUACGAUCCGUCGAGGGCCGCCGACGUGGGGCAUUUUUUGGUGGCCAUCAAGCCGGAUCUGUUUAUGGGGUUGGAGGAGUUCAAGAAACGUAUGGACUAUCUGUACCAGCGGGUCGUGGGGUCAAAGAAGAUGGCAGGCGUGGACAGGAUUUACUACCCUGGGGAGAUUGAGCAGAUUAUGCACGAGGAGAGGGCGAAGACAGGAAUUCCCUAUGUUCAGGCCGAGUUGAAUGCGUUGAAUAAAGAGGCAGAUGAGAUUAAUGUAGGUCAUCUUGAGGUGUCCGAGGUGAGGUGA